CAUAGUAAAACUCACUGAUUCUUUUCCUUCUAUUCCAACAUUAAAUCAGCGUUAUUGUGCUGUGAUUUUACACACACACUUUUCAUGUGUGUUAUUUAUUCAGGUUGCUGAUCAGUGAAAGCUUUCUGUUUUCAUUUCUCUCGACAGGAGGCCAGAGAUCGGUCCGGUUUGAAGAGAUCCUCUCAAGAUGUUGCCCCAACACCUGAAGCAGAUCCGAGUUCUCGUCCUCAACGAGAAGGAGAACUUGGAGAGGACUCUGUUCAGGCUGGAACAAGGCUUCGAGCUGCAGUUCCGUCUGGGCCCGAGCCUCCAGGGGAAGAGAGUCAUCGUCCACACCAACUACCCCCUCGACGGGCAGCCGUUCGUACGGAGCAACUUCCGCGCUCUGGCGUGGAACUACCCAACGGGGAGGGAGGAUGACUCCGACAAAUUCUGCUCUCUGGACCUCAAGAUUGCCGGCUCCUACCAGUACUACUUCGGAUUCCCAAACAUCGAUCGUUCAGGCGGGGGCUACUUCGUGGUGGACCCGGUUCUUCGGGUGGGGGCCGAUAACCACGUCCUCCCGCUAGACUGCAUCACCAUCCAGACGUACCUGUCCAAGUGCCUGGGCCACCUGGACGACUGGCCGGACAGGCUGAGGGUGGCCAAGGAGUCGGGAUACAACAUGAUCCACUUCACUCCUCUUCAGACUCUGGGAGAGUCUCGCUCCUGUUACUCCCUGGCCGACCAGCUGACCUUCAGCCCGGAGUACAGCCCCGAGGGCCAGAGCUACACCUGGGAGGACGUGGGCGCUCUGGUGGAGAAGCUGAAGACGGAGUGGAACAUGGCCUGCAUCACCGACGUGGUGUACAAUCACACCGCUGCGAACAGCCCGUGGAUUACAGAGCAUCCGGAGUGCGGAUACAACCUGGUGAACUCGCCUCACCUGCGACCCGCCUGGGUGUUGGACCGAGCCCUGUGGCAUCUGACCACCAGGGUCGCGGAGGGCCGCUACAAAGCCAAAGGUCUCCCUGCAGAGAUCAGCGAGGAGAGCCACCUCAAUGCCAUUCGCAGCGUCAUGUGGCAGGACGUGUUUCCUCAGAUCAAACUCUGGGAGUUCUUCCAGGUCAAAGUGGACAGCGCCGUGGAGCAGUUCAGAACGCUGCUGCAGAAAGGUACAAAGCCAGACCAGAGCAAAACCGAAGGGAAGAAAGGUCUGAAAAUCAUCCAGGACCCAGAGUAUCGGCGGUUUGGCAACACGGUGGACAUGGACUCUGCUCUGGAGACGUUUGUGCCUCACAGCUCGUCCUCGCAGCACAUCGACGAGUGCUGCGGCUGGCUGAGGCAGAGGGUGAACGAGCUGAACGAGGAGCAGCGGAACGUCGUCAACCAGCAUCAGGAGCAGGCCAUCAACUGCCUUUUGGGAAACGUCUUGUAUGAACGUCUGGCCGGUCACGGCCCCAAACUGGGUCCUGUCACGCGCAAAGACCCUCUGGUCACCAGGUAUUUCACCUUCCCCUAUGAGGACAUGACUCUGGAGCAGGAGAUGAAGCUGCUGGACCAGCCGGACAAGAUGUCUCACUUCCUGGCUCACAACGGCUGGGUCAUGGGCGACGACCCGCUGCGCAACUUCGCCGAGCCGGGCUCCAACGUGUACCUGCGCCGCGAGCUGAUCUGCUGGGGCGACAGCGUCAAGCUGCGCUACGGCGGCGGGCCCGAGGACUGCCCCUACCUGUGGGCCCACAUGCGGAAGUACACCGAGAUCACGGCCCAGUACUUCCACGGCGUCCGGCUGGACAACUGCCACUCCACGCCGUUACACGUGGCCGAGUUCAUGCUGGACGUGGCCAGAGGAGUGUGUCCUAACCUGUAUGUGGUGGCCGAGCUGUUCACCGGCAGCGAGGAGCUGGAUAAUAUCUUUGUUACCAAGCUAGGGAUCUCAUCACUCAUACGAGAGGCCAUGUCAGCGGGCGACAGUCACGAGGAGGGCCGCCUGGUCUACCGCUACGGCGGCGAGCCGGUGGGAGCGUUCGUCCAGCCCAGCCUGCGCCCGCUCUUCCCCUCCAUCGCCCACGCCAUGUUCCUGGACGUGACCCACGACAACGAGUGUCCCAUCCAGCUGCGCUCGGCGCUGGACUCCCUUCCCAGCUCGGCCAUCGUCUCCAUGGCCUGCUGCGCCACCGGCUCCACCCGAGGCUACGACGAGCUGGUGCCACAUCAGAUCUCAGUGGUGAAGGAGGAGCGGUUUUACCCCAAGUGGAACCCGGCAGCAGUGCCCACCAGUAAAGGUGAAGCGGGCGUCCAGACGGGCAUCAUCGCAGGGAAGCUGGCGCUGAACAAACUGCACCAGGAGCUGGCCUCGCAGGGGUUCAUGCAGGUGUUUGUGGACCAGGUGGACGCAGACAUCGUCGCGAUCACCCGUCACUGCCCCAGCACGCACCAGUCGGUGGUGGCGGUCAGCAGGACGGCCUUCUGGAACCCCAAAACCCACGAGUACGGCGCCAACGUCCCGCCCAUGUUCAUCCCCGGUAAGAUCGAGGAGGUGGUGCUGGAGGCGCGCACCGUGGAACGACUGGCUGGGAGCUACGAGAAGGACGAGAGCUUCAUCAACGGCAUGCCGGAGUACACCGUGGAGAUCAAGGAGCACAUCCCGCUGGAGCAGAGCACCCUGGUCAAGAAGUCCGACGUGACUUCCAAAGGCCGAUCGGAGUUCGUGCAGGAGAUCACCUUCCAGAAGCUGACGCCGGGCAGCGUCAUCGCCUUCAGGGUCAGUCUGGACCCCAAAGCCCAGAAGCUGGUGGGCGUUCUGAGGUACUACCUGUCCCAGUUCAGCCCCAAGUACCGCAGAGGCAGCGUGGCGGACGACAACCCGCCGGAGGCGCUGCAGAAGCCGCUCUCACAGCUGAUGGCCAAGCUGACGUUGGCCGAGCUGAACAUCCUGCUGUUCCGGUGCGACUCGGAGGAGCAGGAGGACGGCGGAGGAUGCUACAGCAUCCCCGGCUGGGAGAGCCUCAAAUACGCAGGACUGCAAGGUCUGAUAUCCGUGUUGGCUCAGAUCCGUCCGAACAACGACCUGGGACACCCGGUGUGCGCCAACCUCCGGCAGGGAGACUGGCUCAUCGACUUCGUCUCCAACAGGCUGAUCAAUAAGGAGGGCACACUGGCGCAGGUGGGUCAGUGGCUGGCGGCCAUGUUUACCUACCUGAAACACUUCCCACGCUACCUCAUCCCCUGCUACUUCGACGCCAUCCUGGUGUCCACCUACACCACAGCGCUGGACGCCACCUACAAGCUCAUGUCCAGUUUCGUCCAGAACGGCUCGAGCUUCGUCCGCCACCUGGCGCUGGGUUCGGUGCAGAUGUGCGGCGUUGGCCGCUUCCCCGCUCUGCCUCCUCUGUCCAGCAAACUGGAGGACGUCCCGCAGCGCGUCAACCCGGCCACCGGGCUGAAGGAGCAGUGCUGCGUCUCCAUGGCUGCAGGCCUGCCUCAUUUCUCCGCCGGGAUCUUCCGCUGCUGGGGCAGAGACACCUUCAUCGCCCUGAGAGGACUGAUGCUGAUCACCGGGAGAUACGCCGAGGCUCGUAACAUCAUCCUGGCCUUCGCCGGGACGCUGCGCCACGGUUUGAUCCCCAACCUGCUGGGAGAGGGCCGCUGUGCCCGCUACAACUGCCGGGACGCCGUGUGGUGGUGGCUGCAGUGCGUCCAGGACUACACCACUCUGGUCCCCGAGGGCCACGAGAUCCUCCGCUGCCCCGUCACACGCAUGUACCCCACGGACGACUGCGAACCCCGCAAACCCGGAGAAGUGGAGCAGCCUCUGUAUGAUGUGAUCCAGGAGGCUCUGCAGCGCCAGCUAGAGGGGAUUUCAUUCAGGGAGAGGAACGCCGGACCCCAGAUCGACCGCAACAUGAGGGAUGAAGGGUUCAGCGUCGCCUCCAAGGUGGAUCCGGCCACCGGCUUCGUGACGGGAGGAAACCGCUUCAACUGCGGCACGUGGAUGGACAAGAUGGGAGAGAGCGAGAGGGCGAGGAACAAGGGCAUGCCGGCCACGCCCCGGGACGGGGCGGCAGUGGAGAUCGUCGGCCUCAGCAAGUCGGCCGUCCGCUGGGUGGUGGAGCUUCACGCUAAAGGGCUGUUCCCUUACGACGGGGCCAAAGUUCACACGCAGGGUGCCGAAGGCUUCGUCUCCUACGCCCAGUGGAACCAGCAGCUCCAGCGCUCCUUCGAAGCGGGAUUCUGGGUGUCCGGCGACCCCGACGACCCCAACGAGAAGCACCCCGAGCUGGUGCACAAGAAGGGCAUCUACAAGGACAGCUACGGGGCCUCCAGCCCCUGGUGCGACUACCAGCUCAGACCCAACUUCACCAUCGCCAUGGUGGUGGCUCCAGAGCUGUUCACAGUGGAGAGAGCCUGGCAGGCUCUGGAGAUGGCUGAGAAGAAACUCCUGGGACCACUGGGGAUGAAAACACUCGACCCAGAUGACAUGGUGUACUGCGGCGUGUACGACAACGCGCUGGACAACGACAACUACAACCUGGCCAAAGGCUUCAACUACCACCAGGGCCCGGAGUGGCUGUGGCCGGUGGGCUACUUCCUGCGAGCUAAGCUCUACUUCGCCAAGAAGCUUGGGGAGGACACGUACGCCAAGACGGUGAUCCUGGUGAAGAACGUGCUGUCGAGACAUUACACCCACCUGGAGAGGUCUCCGUGGAAAGGCCUCCCGGAGCUGACCAAUGAGAACGGGCAGUACUGCCCCUUCAGCUGCGAGACUCAAGCCUGGUCCCUGGCCACCGUGCUGGAGGUCCUGUACGACCUGUAGACCCUCACCUCACGAUUCUUCUUUUUUUUUUAAACUUUAAAGUCAAUUUUAACAUUUAUUUUAUCUGGAGAAACACAUUUUUUACAGCCUGACAGCAUUCAGAAGACACUGGUAGAGCAGACUUUAGAAAAAAUGAGCAGAAUUAGAUAUAAUUUAUACUAAAUUCACAAUAUUGAUCAGAUUUAUUGUUUAUUUUUAGUGCAAUAUGUAUUAUUGUAAUUCCUAUUUGAGCCACUAGAGGGUGAGUCACUACAGAUACUCCACUCACUUUGAUUGGGAAAAGAGUUUGAUUUAAAAAAAAAAAAAAAAAAGAAAUAUUUUUACCCAAAUUGUGCCAUAAGUUAAAAAGUAGCAGCGGGCAAAUUAUUUU